AAACACCAAAGAAGAAGAAGAAGAACCACCUGACAACCAUGGCGCAGUAACAUAGCAACGCUCCGCUGCUCCACAGACUCCUCCUGACACCUCCGCAGACCUCCGGACUCCUCCUGACACCUCCGGACUCCUCCUGACACCUCCGGACUCCUCCGGACUCCUCCUGACACCUCCGGACUCCUCCUGACACCUCCGGACACCUCCGGACUCCUCCGGACUCCUCCGGACUCCUCCGCACACUCUCCCCGCUGUCCUGCUCUGUUUCCCGGACACUCCUCCAUGGAUCCCGCGGUGGUGCGGAGGACCCAGGAGAACCUCGGGAGAGUCAUCAGAAAACCACAACUCAGCGACAAGUAUCUCAACAAACCUCCAUUUAGGUUUUUACACGACAUCAUCAGCGAGGUCAUCAGAACCACCGGGUUCAUGAGAGGACUGUACACUGAGGAAGAAAUGAAGUCUGAGAACUUUAAGGACAGGGACUCUAAAAUGUCCUACCUGCAGAAGGCUGUAGAUGUGGUGGCUCUGGUCACAGGUGAAGCUCUCCAGGUGAAACCCGCCCGAGUCGUGGCAGGACAAGAACCUGAGAGGACGAACCAGCUCCUCCAGGCCAUCGCACACUGCUGCCUCAGCAAGUGCUCCAGUGAGGAGGCCGUGAGGACAGUUCUCUCAGAACAUAAACCCCAGGAGAAGGAGAACGAGCCCAGAGGAGCAGAGGGGAAGAGCAGAAAAGCAAAGCCAGACGAGCCCAGAGAGAAACAGAAGAACGGAGAAUCUGACCAACGACAUAAAGAGAAAGAGAGAGAAAGGAGGGAAAAGAAGGAGGAGAAGAGGGAGGAGCAAGAGAGGAGGGACGAAAAACAGAAGAGGGGAGAAGAGAGAGAGAGGAGGGAAAAGAAGGAGGACAGAGAGAAGAGGGCAGAGGAGAGGGAGAGGAAGGACGACAGAGAGAGGAAAGAAAAGAAGGAGAGGGGAGAGGAGAGAGAGAAAAGGGGAGAGGGGAGAGAGAAGAGCAAAGAGAAAGUGCGCUCCACCGACAGAGAGAGAGAGAAAGAGAGAGAGCCUCACAGAAAGGAGGAGAGAGAGCGAGAGAGAGACAGACAUAGAGAGAGGGAGAGAGAGAAAGAGAAGGAGCGAAAGAGGAGAGAGCGAGACCAGGACGGAACCAGGUCCAAACCCCGAGAAGAGGAACCUCCCACACAGGUGAAGACUGAAGAGCCUCCUCAGAACACCAGCCCAGAGGAGCCCCCCAAACCUGUGGCAGAAAGUUCAGCUCGGAUCCCACGACCCUCCUCCGCCAAAGGACAGAGACGCAGGGCCAAAGUGGGCAGCCAGGAUGACUCUGACAGUGAAGGAGAGGCAGAAGUGAAUCAGAAACAUCCAGAGUCCACAGACCCACCAGCCCCCAGCCGGAGGAUGGUGCGGCCCAGCAGUGCACGACUAGCGCCCCCUAGACUCAAGAGGCAGGAGAGCCACGCUGAGUCUCCCGCUGAGAGAUUGCCCAGUGCUAAAAUCUCCACUGUGAUCCUGGACGGGGGGAGGAGGACAGAGGAGGAGGAGGAGGAUGAAGAUGAACAGUUCUUAGUUCAGGAGGCUGUGGCUGCGGCGGCCGAGGCCCCGGACCCUCGCGCUGAGUCGACUGAAGCCACUGGAGACGCGACACACGGAGGUCUGGUCAAGAAGAUUCUGGAGACUAAAAAAUAUUAUGAAGUGUCUGAGGCAAAGGCUCAGGGGCAGGAGCAGCAGGGGCAGGUGCAGCAGGGACUGGUGCAGAGGGAGAUGGAGCGUCUCCGGGCGUCGGUGCAGUCCGUGUGCCGGAACGCUCUGCCCCUCGGGAAGAUCAUGGACUACUUCCAGGAAGACGUGGACGCCAUGAUGACGGAGCUGCAGCAGUGGAGACAAGAGAACAAGCAAAACGUACAGGCUCUGCAAGAACAACACAGACUCACAGAGGGGGCGCUGCUGCCUCUCAGGACGGAGCUGAUGGAGCUGGAGUCUCUUAUUCAGGAGCAGAAGGCCCAGACCUGUGCCCUCCGCUGCUCUGUGCUGAAGAACGAGGAGAAGAUCCACAAGAUGCUCACGGGCCUCCACCAGCAGAACUGAACCUCCAACCACCAAGAUCUCUACCAUGGACCUCCACAGUCCUCUGUACUCCUCCAUACAGCUCCACCACAGACCUAAGGAACGAGAAGAGGAUCCACACUCACUGGAUCAUCACAACAUCUGAAACUGCCAUAAAAUGUAUGAACUGUUAAUGAAUGUUUAAAAAGUUUGUGUAAAAGUUUGACUUCAGUAAAACAGAACUUUGAGG